GGCGGCCAUAUUUGAGCGGAUCGGGAGCGCAGCAGCGGCCCGCGCGUUCUAUCGCUCGCGUCAGCCGAUCACACGCGCGUUUAACGGACACACACGACGCGAAAGAUGCCUCGCGGGACGCUCGUCUAGCUCGACCGCAUGACGUCCUUCGGCGCCGCGCAGGAGGCCUCGCGCGAAAUGGAGGUGCAGAGCGUCAGCAGCGAGGUGAAUGGGCAUCAGAUGAUGGAUGAGCCGAUGGAGGAGGAGUCCUACACACACUGUGACGAGGGCGCUUAUAAAGAGAUUCCCAUCACUCAUCACGUGAAGGAGGGCUGCGAGAAGGCCGAUCCCAGCCAGUUUGAGCUGCUCAAGGUUUUGGGACAAGGCUCCUUUGGGAAGGUGUUUCUGGUGCGGAAGCUGAUGGGUCCGGACGCCGGGCAGCUUUAUGCAAUGAAGGUGCUCAAAAAGGCAUCUUUAAAAGUGAGGGACAGAGUUCGGACUAAGAUGGAGAGAGAUAUCCUGGUGGAGGUCAAUCAUCCUUUCAUUGUGAAGUUGCACUAUGCCUUUCAGACAGAAGGGAAACUCUAUUUAAUUUUGGAUUUUCUCAGGGGUGGGGAUGUAUUUACUCGUUUAUCCAAAGAGGUUAUGUUUACAGAGGAGGAUGUGAAAUUCUACCUUGCAGAGCUGGCCCUUGCAUUGGAUCAUCUACACAACCUAGGCAUUGUUUACAGAGACCUGAAGCCUGAAAACAUUUUGCUUGAUGAAGCUGGACAUAUCAAGUUAACAGACUUUGGGCUCAGUAAAGAAUCGGUAGAUCAGGACAGAAAAGCGUACUCGUUCUGUGGCACUGUGGAGUAUAUGGCCCCUGAGGUGGUCAACCGGAGAGGUCACACGCAGAGCGCUGACUGGUGGUCUCUCGGCGUCUUAAUGUUCGAAAUGCUGACCGGCACAUUACCGUUCCAAGGAAAAGACCGGAACGAGACUAUGAACAUGAUUCUUAAAGCAAAGCUGGGAAUGCCACAGUUUUUAAGUCUGGAAGCACAAAGUCUUUUACGAAUGCUCUUCAAAAGAAACCCAUCAAACCGUUUAGGAGCAGGUCCUGACGGAGUGGAAGAGAUCAAACGACACGCGUUCUUCUCCACCAUCGACUGGAACAAACUGUACCGAAGAGAGCUUCAGCCUCCGUUCAAACCCGCUGCAGGGAGACCGGACGACACCUUCUGCUUCGACCCAGAAUUCACAGCCAAAACCCCCAAAGAUUCUCCAGGCAUUCCCCCCAGUGCAAACGCUCACCAGCUCUUCAAAGGCUUCAGUUUCGUGGCUCCAGUCUCUCUGGAGGAAAGCAAAAGUGCCCCGCUAGUCAACAUUCUCCCCAUAGUACAGAUGCACGGAGGCUCUGCUCAGUUUGCAGACGUGUACGAGCUGAAGGAGGACAUCGGUGUGGGCUCAUACUCUAUAUGCAAGCGCUGCAUACACAGGGUCACUGCCAUGGAGUUUGCUGUGAAGAUCAUUGACAAAAGCAAGCGAGACCCAUCCGAGGAGAUCGAGAUCCUGAUGCGGUACGGCCAGCAUCCCAACAUCAUCACGCUGAAGGACGUGUACGAUGAGGGCCGCUUCGUGUACCUGGUGACGGAGCUGAUGAAGGGCGGAGAGCUGCUGGAUAAGAUCCUCAGGCAGAAGUUCUUCUCGGAGCGAGAGGCUAGCGCUGUGCUCUACACCAUCACCAAAACUGUGGACUACCUGCACUGCCAGGGGGUGGUGCACCGGGACCUGAAGCCCAGCAACAUCCUCUACAUGGACGAUUCAGGAAACCCCGACUCCAUUCGCAUCUGUGACUUCGGCUUCGCCAAGCAGCUGCGCGGAGACAACGGCCUGCUGCUGACUCCCUGCUACACGGCGAACUUUGUGGCCCCUGAGGUGCUGAUGAGGCAGGGCUACGACGCCGCCUGCGACAUCUGGAGCCUGGGAGUGCUGCUCUACACCAUGCUGGCAGGAUACACCCCCUUCGCCAACGGCCCCAACGACACGCCGGAGGAGAUCCUGCUGCGCAUCGGCAGUGGGAAGUUCUCCCUGAGCGGAGGAAACUGGGACUCGGUGUCCGACUCCUCCAAGGAUCUGCUGUCUCAUAUGCUGCACGUGGACCCUCACCAGCGAUACUCAGCUGAACAGGUACUCAAACACUCGUGGAUCGCCUGCCGUGACCAGAACCCACACUUCCAGCUCACGCGCCACGAGGCGCCUCAUCUGGUCAAGGGAGCGAUGGCUGCCACGUACUCGGCUCUGAACCACAAGACGUGUAAGCCGGUUCUGGAGCCGGUCGCCGCCUCCAGUCUGGCCCAGCGCAGGAACAUGAAGAAGCUGACGUCUACAGACAUGUCCUGAGGAGCUCGGACGCAGCCUGACUCUUCGGUCUGAAGGAAACGCUCUUCUGUUUCUCUCUGCUCGAGGGAAGAACACCAGCUCCAUCUCCAUCCCGUGUCGGAUGCUCUGCCCCUCACAGAUCUCCUGAAGAGAUGUCCAGAUCAUACAGAUCGUGCAGGAAGCCUGUUUGUAGGGCCGUUAAGAAGAUUUCGUGACAAUCAAGUCCUUUUUCUCACAGAUAUCCUAAGAAUAUUCCAAGUAUCCUUAUUCUUUCAUCCUAACAACUUCCACAUUAAAGGAUAAGGCCGUGUCUAGAAUAAAUAUUUCCUAGUAAUUUACAUGCAUCCAUGUCAUCCAAGAUGUCUUUCUUUCAAAGAAGUUCAGUUUUUUUGAGGGAAAAGUUCCUGUAUUUCACUUCAUCUAGUGGACCUGUGAGGUGGCCCGUAAUCUGAAGGUCCAAAAUGUGUUUUCAGAGCAGCUUUAAAGAGCUCCGCACGACCCCCUCCGAGGAAUAAGGACCUUCUCCAGCCAUCUGUCGUUUUCUGGAAAAAAAAAAAAACUAUAUUUAUACACUUGUUUCACACAUACUUGGCUAGCAUUAGCUCUGUGAUUUGUAUGCAUGUCUUUAUCAAAAUUCAUGCGUUUCAGCCAAUUGUGUUUACAAAGCAAACAUGCAAAAAUGCUACCCGAACAUUUGUGGUUAAAAAGUGUAUAAAUGUGUGCUGUUUAUUUUUUGUUCUUGUUGUUUUUAGAAAAUAAGCAGUUAAGUGGCUAGACAAGGGUUUUAUUCCCUGGCUGAUCAGAUCACCAACGUCCAUUAGACACAGAAAAAUCCAGUUGUUUUCCUCAAAAACCUCUAUUUAUUUGCAACCGAAGAAAGACGAACACCUUCGAUGACUUGGGAGUGAGUAAAUUAUCAGGAAGGAGUUAUUCCGGAAGUGGACUUAUUUUAGCUCGUGAGCAGCAGGUGAGAUGAGAAUUGGAUGAAUGCACCUAAAAUGUGGCGAAUUGUCAAAAGUGUUACUGCAUCUUAGCGGCCCUACAAACAGUCCUGAUGCGGUAUGACCAGUGCAUCUCUCACCGUUCUCUAUCUGUAAGCCACUUCUGUCCCGUUAGUGUUCGACCCACAUGGCAUUACCUCAGAAGCACUCAGUGUUGGCGUCUCUCCGGCUCGAUGUAUAUAGACUCGUUCAUCAUGUUGUGGAUCUUGAGCACAUUUGCACUGAGGCUCGGCAGGUCGUCUCCUCCCUCCAUCUGUCCCCGUCUCGGACCGCUCUUUGCCUUUUGUUGAAUGGGAAGUACACGAGCAAAAGGUGGAGAAAUAAAUCUAUAUUUAUAAAGUCGAAUGAGGUGUAUGAAUGUAGAUGAGAUUGGAUCCAUGAAAUCGCAUCUCUCUGCUCCAGAUGGAGGGAAAAAAUUAUUCCAUGAAACUUUUUAAAGACAUUGUGGAAAUUGUAUCAUAUUGUAUUUAUUUCACUUAUUUUUAAAAUUUUAUUUUUCUUUCAGGUGAUGUACAUAUUGACAUUAAAGAACAUUAUUGACAUGA